AAAAUAAGGCCAGGGCUGACGUAAGCGUGUCCGGCCAAUCACAGGACGCGUUGGUGGGCGGCCCCAGGGAGGGCGCGCCCGGAGGAAGCAAGGUAGGAGAAAGGAAGCUGGAAGUCAAAAUGGAGAGCGCUGGUUGCUCCGCUGCCACGGCAAACGGGGCCAUGGGUUCGCCGCGGGACCGGAGCAUGGUGCCUGAACGGCUUCAGAGACGAGAACAAGAGCGGCAACUGGAGGUAGAAAGGCGGAAGCAAAAGCGGCAGAACCAGGAGGUGGAGGAGGAGAAGAGCGACUUUUUCGCUGCCGCCUUCUCUCGGGAGCAAGUGGCGGUGGGAGAGCUUCUGAAGAGCGGGGAAUCCAUGGAGCAGCUGGAGGAGGCGGCCGCUCGGCUCCAGGGCCUGCAGAAACUACUCAACGACUCGGUUUUGUUUCUGGCCGCCUACGACCUGCGGCAGGCACAGGAGGCGCUGACGCGGCUGCAGGCGAUCCUGGCCGAGCGGCGCCAGGAGCUGCAACCCAAAAAGCGUUUCGCCUUCAAGACCCGGAGGAAGGACGCUGCUUCGGGCACCAAAGUCGACGCAGGUCCUGGCGCCCCGGCCGCUGAAGGCGUCCCGACCUCCCCGCCGCCAUUGAAGGAGGAGGGAGGCAUCGGCUCCAGCUUUGUCUGCGGCUUCUCCAAUGUGGAGUCCCAAGUCUUGGAGAAGCGGGCGGAGGAGCUGCACCAGCGCGACGUCCUUUUGACCGAUCUGAGCAAAUGCACAAUCAAGCUGUAUGGCAAUCCCAACACCCUGCGGCUGGCCAAAGCCCGAAGUUGCACACUGCUCUGCGGCCCGGUGUCCACCUCUGUGUUCCUGGAGGACUGCAGUGAUUGCGUGCUGGCCGUGGCCUGCCAGCAGCUCCGCGUACACACUACGAGAGACACCCGUAUCUUUUUGCAGGUGACCAGCAGGGCCAUCGUGGAGGACUGCAGCGGGAUCCAGUUCGCCCCCUAUACCUGGAGCUACCCGGGCAUCGACAAGGACUUCGAGGGCUCUGGUUUAGAUAGGAGCAGAAAUAACUGGAACGACGUCGACGAUUUCAACUGGCUGGCCCGGGAUAUGGCCUCCCCGAACUGGAGUAUUCUCCCUGAAGAAGAGCGAAUGAUCCAGUGGGACUAAACAGUUGUCGCUGUGUUCUUCACUCCUACCAAAUACUUCCCGUGUGGGACCAGCUCCUGCUAAUGGGACCUCAGAGUUUACUUAUUGUUUUCAUACUUUGUAUGUUUUCAGUAUUUUAAGGCAUGAGAUUGUGAUAGGCUCCUACUUGUGAUUUCCAUUAAAUUCACCACAGGUCUAACACUUUGAAGCA